AAGGAUAAUACGCACAGCGUGUGCCUCACCCUCACAAUUCACCUCCAAGGUCCGCAAAAGCAUCGCCAUCACUCACCGCCUGCCAGUCAAGAGACGCAGACUCCAGUGAACGACCGCCACUUUCCAAACGAUUCAAAGAUCCACGACAAUGAGAUACAGCCUCAGCCGCCUCCCUCGACACCGACCAAAGCACGUGGCGCCACAUCACCCUCGUCCGUCGUGACACCGCGAGCUGUCAGAAGCGGUUUGGCCAGAUCUCCGGAAGCCACGACCCCCAGAAGACAAUUGGCACAAGAGACGGAAAGUCUAACCCCCGCGAAUGGACAAACGUCUAAAACACCCCCGCCAGAUGUGACGAACAACAGAAACACGCCGAAGGGUCGUUCGCCAACUUCUCCGCGUCCGCCCAGCAGCUUGCGCGUUAAAUCCGCCGGUGACAAGUCCUCCCCCAGCACACCUAACAAAACGUCUCCCGGCACACCGAGAAAAACUCCGUCCCCUCGGGAGUUGCGUCUUCCGAAACUCGCGUCUUCGCCGAUAUCACAAGAAGCGAGUCCAGCAACUCCCGAAACUCAGUCGAAAAUUACUUUACCCAAAUUAAUCGAGCCAUCUUCAAAAGCUGCCCGAAUGGCGUAUUAAAAUCGAGUCGAAAGCACGAGCUUUCUAGCAUUUAGCACAAGAUAAAUCGCAUUUUUUUCUGUCAUAUUUUUACGAUCAAUUUCAAAUUGAUUUUUCUUUAACAAAAAUUUGAUUUUAUGCUUUUUUGUGUGAAACUUUUUUAAAGUUUACAUAUCUCUCUCCAUGUGAAAUUAGAUAAAACGUAAAAUAUUUUUAUUUAUUUGUAAUUCUGAAACUUAAUCGUAAAAAAAUCUGUAAGAAAUGCGAGGAUGCUUGGAACAUUUAAUAUUUUAUGAAUAUUUUAUGAAAAUGAGUGCAAAAAA